AUACAUGGGACACCGGCACAAGCAUUGGAUUUGGUCCUGCAACGUCUGAAAGCUACCACCCAGACACCUGACGUGCUCUUUCUCCCAGAAGCAGGCUGCGAGCCAAGGGGAAGGCAGAGGACAGAAAUAAAUGUGUUCCCAGGCUUUCCUGGUGGUUUAUGGAAUUCUCCAAACUCCUAUGCAACGGUCAUUCCUGACAGAGAAGACCAAAGGAGACCGUCUCUGAAAUCAAGUCCAGAUGAAGAACUAAGAGGAAAAAAGUGAAUAUGGUUUUUGCUCACAAAAUGGAUGAAAGCAAGCCGCCUUUGGUCAUCCCCACGCUCCUGGUGCCACUCCAAAACCACAGCUGCACCGAAACAGCCACGCCUCUGCCCAGCCGUGACCUGAUGGGCUUACGUGGGGAGCACGGCUGGAAGAGCAACAGAACGGACCUGCGGUAUGGACUGAGACCCGGGGAAGUGGCCACGGCCAGCAUUUUUUUCAGGGCCCUGUGGCUCUUCUCUGUAUUUGGCAACUCCCUGGUUUGUCUGGUCAUCCACAGGAGUAGGAGGACGCAGUCCACCACCAACUACUUUGUGGUCUCCAUGGCGUGUGCUGGUCUUCUCGUCAGUGUCGGCAGCACGCCUUUCGUCCUGCUUCAGUUCGCCACGGGGAGGUGGACACUUGGCAGCGUGAUGUGCAAGUUUGUGCGGUAUUUUCAGUAUCUCACACCGGGCGUCCAGAUCUACGUCCUCCUCUCUAUCUGCAUAGACCGGUUCUACACCAUUGUCUAUCCCCUGAGCUUCAAGGUGUCCAGAGAAAAAGCCAAGAAAAUGAUCGCCGCGUCGUGGGUCUUCGAUGCAGCUUUUGUGACCCCUGUGUUCUUUUUCUAUGGCUCCCACUGGGACAAUCAUUGCAACUACUUCCUCCCUGCCUCUUGGGAAGGAACUGCCUAUCAGCUGUGGCACCCCCCCGAAUGGGACUCCAAGAAAAGUUCCCUUGUUUUCACAGUUAUCACAUGGAUAUCUUUUAGUUCUUUGGCCUCUAAGCCUACGCUCUAUUCCAUUUAUAAUGCCAAUUUUAGGAGAGGAAUGAAAGAGACUUUUUGCAUGUCCUCAAUGAAGUGUUACCGAAGCAAUGCCUAUACAAUCACAACCAGUUCAAGGAUGGCCAAAAAAAACUACGUUGGCAUUUCAGAAAUUCCUCCCACGGCCAAAACUAUAACCAAAGACUCAAUCUAUGAUUCAUUUGAUAGAGAAGCCAAGGAAAAGAAGCUCGCUUGGCCCAUUAAUUCAAAUCCACCAAAUACCUUUGUCUAAUUUCACAGAGUUCUUUCAAUUAUCAUUAUG